GGUGAGAGAAAAAUUGAUGCACAAUGAAUAUAGAAGCUUUACGGGAUAGUCUAUGCUACAUUACUCGAUAUUUUCCAUGAGAUUUAUCGUGCCUGUUCCUUGGACGCCAAAGUCAAUUCCAGCAUCGUCGCCGGGGUGGAUGCUGUCCUCACACGUCAUCGGUGGCUACUGCUUCGGAGCUCGGGAUCUCAGCUGCAUAUAGAAAAGUUUGGUGCAUCGUGAAUAUUCUUCUUUUCAUCCUCUCUUUUCUACCUUUAAUACGAUAUUGAUACCCUUUGAAAGCGACAUAUUAUAAAACUAUUCAUUGUACAUUUCCAAAAGAAUUGAAACACCAGUCUUUCAGCCAUCAACACCAUGGAUCCCUCAUCAGGCAGUCAAGCUCCCGGAGCACCACCGACGCUCUCACCCGAAGCCAUCGCAUUUGCUGGCAGAAUGUACGAUUCUGCUAGAAAAGGUGAAGUCGCGGUCUUUGAACAGGCACUUCCAGCUGGGUUACCUCCGAACAUGACGAAUGAAAAGGGAGACACACUGCUCAUGCUCGCCGCAUAUCACGGGCAUGCAGAUCUCGUCAAGCUGCUGAUACAACACGGCGCCGACCCGAACCGCGUGAAUGACAGAGGGCAGAGUCCCCUCGCCGGAGCCGUGUUUAAGAAGGAGGAUGAGGUUAUUGAGGUACUAUUAGAAGGCGGUGCAGACCCUGAUUAUGGCAAGCCGACGGCUAUGGAGUGCGUGUCCAUGUUUCAGCAGGAGGAUACAUGGAAGGCCAAGUUUGAGGCUGCUCCUGGAAGAGGCAAGGCACAACCGCCUACUUAAUGGUUGAUAUUCAUGGUUGAGAAGUUGAUUUGG